GUAGGGUCUACUAUAGGAGGUUACUGGCUUUAUAGGUUCCUAUUUAUUUUUUUUAUUUUUAUUUCUAUUUUUUUUUUUUUGGCCAAAUCCUGCUUCGGUUGGUAUGGAAGUAUGAAAUCAAGGCCGAUAUGGGGGAAGGCUUCGGUCACUGGAAAAUGCGAUCCCACCAUCAUGCUCAAGAACUUCCGGUUGCACAGUCCAAGGUCACCACUCCGGAGCUAUGUUACGAGCGGGCUUUGUCGCCAGCAAUGAGGGAUACCAGCAAGAACAUCAAUGACACCGAAUUCCGAUUUGGGUUCGGUGGGAAGCCAUUCAGUAUCUGCAUUAAUUCGGAUACUCUGACUUCUUUGCAGAAUGUGACGGGGGUGCACCAGCCAGUUGAUGAGGCCAGCCGUCAACGAUUCCCACAACCGUCGAUUUCUGGAAUUAAGGGUCUUACAGCAUGUACAGAUUCCCGCAUAAUCAAUGUCUUCCUGUAA